GUGCUUAGCGCCCUCUGCACUCGUCAUACCCCACUGUAACUGAUUGACAGUUUGCCUUGCCGCUUGUUUCACAUGUGUUGACAUUAACGUUGUAAACAAACGAGUUCUAUCGACAAAAAUAUCACUUUUAAGCAGUGCCUAAGCAGGUUUAUCACAAAAAUUCAAUUUUUUGUCGUAUAUUCUAGUGAAAAUCCAUAGGAUGCCAUUCAUUUGGGACGAUAUAGUAUGGAAAUUGAUUGAUGAAGAGGAUUCCUAUGACAAAAGUCGAUUUGUUGUAGUGCGGAAGCUUCAUAUCAAACUAAACACGGGACCUUUUCAAGUGGUGCCCCACACCGAGUUCACUGCCGAUAAAAUUCGUCGUUAUCUUCGAAAAUACGGUGGAAUUGAAUCGAUCGAAUUGUUGCCAAACAAAGAGUUUGAAGCACACGUAACCUUUCACAGUGACCAGAGUGCCUAUUUGGUUCAACUGCAGCAUGAAUUUGACCGUGAAGCCAGAAAGCAGCAGCCAUUCUACAUUCAGCCAGCCGACACGUGGGAGCAGCCAACCGAAAAUACUAACCAAACGGCCAAUUCGAACGAUAUCAAACAAACAUCUGAUAUUUUUAACCUAAACGAAGACUGUUUGUUGCAUCUGUUCAAAUUUUUAGAUGUCGAUUCGAUGGUGAAUCUAUCUGAGGUGUGUAAAUUGUUUCAAAAGCUCCUGAAUCAGCAUAGUUUCCCUCGCAUCCGCGAGUUUAAAGUGUACAAUUUCAACGAUACAUUUUCGAUGCCACUGGCGAAAAUGAGACGAACGUUGCGCUGCAUUGGGCCAUACAUAACGGACUUGAAGUACACCUGCAAUAUUUACAAUGAUCUCAAUCGAACGUCACGAUUUUUGGAAACAUUGGCUCAGUACAUCGGACGGAAUAUUCGUCGGGCACAAUUUUUAAGCAGUUUAAUUUGCGAGGAUAAUCAGAUACUGACCAUUGCACCGAUACUAAGGCAUUUGGAAUCGUUGGAAAUCCACGAUGUUAACUACGAUCUUGGUAAUGAUGUUGAUUUUGAGGUACUUUGCCCAAAUCUGAUUGAGCUGAAGCUAAAAGUGAAUAUGCGACUGAUUAAAUGCUGUAAACCAUGGGCUCGACUUCAACACCUAUCGGUUUUGAACAAUGAAUAUUUGAAUACAAUGACCUUUUUGUCGUUCAUUGAACAAAAUCCACGCCUUACUUCAUUAGAAUUUGAUGUUUUUGAUGCGGAUAUAAGGCUGAGAACGGUGGCCGACCGUUUGACAAUGCUGCAGAAAUUGACCAUGGAUUCAGUGGACUCAAGCUUAGGUGGAUGGAAUUUCGUUCAUGUUAACCGACUGCAACAUUUGUCCGAAAUCAACUUGUUAACACUGGACUAUCAACACUUGAGAGGCAUAACGGAUUGUUUAGCAACAUUUGGUGGUUUGCGGAAAAUUAGCCUGCAUGCCUAUCGUCCCGAAGAUGAAGUGGAAGAUGGCGAAAUGGACUAUGAACGAUCAUUAAUUGAUUUGGCUAAACGAUUGCCACAUUUGGAAGAGUUUGCACUACGAUCGGUAGCGAUUGUUGAAAAUACGCUAGUCGAUUUUAUACGCUUUGCCAGUCGAUUGCAAGUUCUUCACAUUCAUUGGUGCCAUGUAGAGGUGUCCGAUGCAAUUAUUUUGAAAGUUGUAAAUAUCCUGAAAUGCAAUCGACCUGAACAGAACCAUCCUCUAUCGAUGUUCCUGAAUCCAGCUGAUUUGCUUGAUUUACACGUUACGAGGAGUGAAGAUGUGCGGAAAUAUAUACUCCUUAGCGCUAAAUGCCAACAUUUUGGAUUUUGAGUUGAAUGUUAGCUUUGUUUUAGUUCCGUGUUGCAUUAAUCAAAACACAAUAAUGGCAGUUCACUACUCAAUUUGUUGAACAAAUAAAUGAUUACUUGUGUUAAUUUUCUCUUACUACGACACUGCCCUUUUGGUCGUUAAUAACGACUCGUUAUAAAAUUCUCACAAUUUUUCUUUGGAUAAUUUAGAAUUUUUUUGAAUAAAAUUUGGAUUUUUUCAUAAUUUUUUCUAAAAUAAAGAAAAUGAUAGAAGAAUCUGGCGGGAUUAAAGAUAGCUGAAGUAAAAUGUUGAAUUUAUCAACAAUAAACUCGUAAUUUUAGAUUUUCCACCCAUUUUUCACAAUUUUUUUUAUUACAUAGUUUUUUCUUUGAAAAUUUAAAAAUUAAAAGAGAAAAAACGAAAAAAAUUAAGAAAAAUAAAAAUGAAACCCAAAAUAUCAAAAAA